UCCUCCAUAGGGUUCGGCGGUGGACGGCAGGAUGCUCUGGACGCUGGUGCUGCUCGCCCUCUGGGCCUUGUCUGGUGCGCAAGCUGGUGGCCAGGACGAAGACAUGGCCUUCGACCUUUUCAGCAUCAGCAACAUAAACAGGAAGACCAUCGGGGCCAAGCAGUUCCGGGGGCCUGACCCCAGUGUGCCUGCCUAUCGCUUUGUCCGCUUUGACUACAUUCCGCCGGUGAACGCAGAUUACCUCAGCAGGAUUGCCAAGAUCAUGCGGCAAAAGGAGGGGUUCUUUCUCUCGGCCAGCCUGAAGCAGGACCCCAAGUCCCGGGGCACGCUCCUGGCUCUGGAGGGCCCCGGCACCUCCCAGAGGCAAUUCGAAAUUGUCUCCAAUGGCCCAGCAGACACGCUGGACCUUACCUACUGGAUAGAUGGCACCCAGCACGUCAUCUCCCUGGAGGACGUGGGCCUGGCUGACUCCCAGUGGAAGAACGUCACCGUGCAGGUGACCGGGGAGACCUACAGCUUGUACGUGGGCUGUGACCUGAUCGACAGCUUCACGCUGGACGAGCCUUUCUAUGAGCAGCUCCGGACAGAAAAGAGCAGGAUGUAUGUGGCCAAGGGCUCUUCGCGAGACAGUCACUUCAGGGGUUUGCUGCAGAAUGUCUACUUAGUGUUUGAAAAUUCAGUGGAAGAUGUUCUGAGCAAGAAAGGCUGUCAGCAAAGUCAGGGAGCUGAAGCCAAUGCCAUCAGUGAGACCACAGAGACUCUGCACCUGAGCCCGCAGGUGGCCCCCGAGUACGCGGGUCCGGGCGCACACAGGAGGCCGGAGGUGUGUGAGCGCUCCUGUGAGGAGCUGGGCACCAUGAUCACCGAGCUGUCGGGGCUGCACGUCAUCGUCAAUGAGCUGCACGAGAACCUGCGGAAAGUGUCGAACGAUAACCAGUUCCUCUGGGAGCUCAUCGGCGGCCCACCUAAGACGAGGAACAUGUCCGCUUGCUGGCAGGACGGCCGGUUCUUCGCGGAAAAUGAGACGUGGGUGGUGGACAGCUGCACCAAGUGCACCUGCAAGAAAUUUAAAACCGUUUGCCACCAAAUCACCUGCCCCCCGGCCCCCUGCGCCAGCCCAUCUUUUGUGGAAGGAGAGUGCUGUCCAUCCUGCUUGCGCUUGCUGGAUAGUGACGAGGGCUGGUCCCCCUGGGCAGAGUGGACCGAGUGCUCCACCAGCUGUGGCUCGGGCACCCAGCAGAGAGGGCGGUCCUGUGACGUCACCAGCAACACCUGCUUGGGGCCGUCCAUCCAGACGCGGGCGUGCAGCCUGGGCAAGUGUGACAAUCGCAUCCGGCAGGACGGGGGCUGGAGCCACUGGUCGCCUUGGUCGUCCUGCUCAGCGACCUGCGGUGUCGGCAACAUCACACGCAUCCGGCUCUGCAACUCGCCGGUCCCCCAGAUGGGGGGCAAGAACUGCAAAGGGAGUGGCCGCGAGACGAAGGGCUGCCAGGGCGCCCCAUGUCCGAUCGACGGCCGGUGGAGCCCGUGGUCCCCGUGGUCAGCCUGCACCGUCACCUGUGCUGGCGGGAUCCGGGAGCGCACGCGUGUCUGCAACAGCCCCGCGCCGCAGCACGGGGGCAAGGACUGCGUGGGGGACGUCAAGGAGCAUCAGAUGUGCAAUAAGAGGAGCUGCCCUGUAGAUGGCUGCUUGUCCAACCCCUGCUUUCCCGGGGCCCAGUGCAGCAGCUUCCCCGAUGGCUCCUGGUCCUGCGGGGCCUGCCCCGUGGGCUUCCUGGGCAAUGGCAUGCACUGUGAGGACCUGGAUGAGUGCACUGUGGUCACGGACGUCUGCUUCGCCACGAGCAAAGCCCACCGCUGCGUCAACACCAACCCAGGCUUCCACUGCCUGCCCUGCCCCCCUCGUUACAAAGGGACCCAGCCCUUUGGCGUCGGCCUGGAGGCAGCCAGGACCGAGAAGCAGGUGUGUGAGCCUGAAAACCCGUGCAAGGACAAGACCCAUGCCUGCCACAGGCACGCGGAAUGCAUCUACCUGGGGCAUUUCAGCGACCCCAUGUACAAGUGUGAGUGCCAGACGGGCUACGCGGGCGAUGGGCUCAUCUGUGGGGAGGACUCAGACCUGGACGGUUGGCCCAACAAGAACCUGGUCUGUGCCACCAACGCCACGUACCACUGCAUCAAGGACAAUUGCCCACUGCUGCCUAAUUCUGGGCAGGAAGACUUCGACAAGGACGGCACCGGGGAUGCCUGUGACGAAGAUGAUGACAAUGAUGGCGUGGACGAUGAGAAGGACAACUGUCAGCUUCUCUUCAACCCCCGCCAAUUCGACUACGACAAGGAUGAGGUCGGGGACCGCUGUGACAACUGCCCGUAUGUGCACAACCCUGCGCAGAUAGACACGGACAACAACGGCGAGGGGGACGCGUGCUCCGUGGACAUUGACGGAGACGAUGUCUUCAACGAGCGGGACAACUGUCCCUACGUCUACAACACUGACCAGAGAGACACGGACGGGGACGGUGUGGGUGAUCACUGUGACAACUGCCCCCUGGUGCACAACCCUGACCAGACCGACGUGGACAAUGACCUCGUGGGAGACCAGUGUGACAACAAUGAGGACAUCGAUGAGGACGGCCACCAGAACAACCAGGACAACUGCCCCUACAUACCCAAUGCCAACCAGGCCGACCACGACCACGACGGCCAGGGCGACGCCUGUGACUCGGACGAUGACAAUGAUGGGGUCCCCGAUGACAGGGACAACUGCCGGCUGGUGUCCAACCCAGGCCAGGAGGACUCGGACGGGGACGGGCGUGGGGACGCUUGCAAGGACGACUUUGACAAUGACAGCGUCCCGGACAUCGACGACGUGUGUCCCGAGAACAGUGCCAUCAGCGAAACGGACUUCAGGAACUUCCAGAUGGUCCACCUGGAUCCCAAGGGCACCACUCAGAUCGACCCCAACUGGGUCAUUCGCCAUCAAGGCAAGGAGCUGGUGCAGACGGCCAACUCGGACCCCGGCAUUGCUGUUGGCUUUGAUGAGUUUGGGUCUGUCGACUUCAGCGGCACAUUCUACGUGAACACCGACCGGGACGAUGACUACGCCGGCUUCGUGUUCGGCUACCAGUCCAGCAGCCGCUUCUACGUGGUGAUGUGGAAGCAGGUCACGCAGACCUACUGGGAGGACCAGCCCACCCGGGCCUACGGCUAUUCUGGCGUGUCCCUCAAGGUGGUGAACUCCACCACGGGGACCGGCGAGCACCUGAGGAACGCCCUGUGGCAUACUGGGAACACCGAGGGUCAGGUGCGUACAUUGUGGCAUGACCCCAAAAACAUCGGCUGGAAAGACUACACUGCUUACAGGUGGCAUCUGACCCACAGACCCAAGACGGGCUACAUAAGAGUCUUAGUGCAUGAAGGAAAGCAGGUCAUGGCGGACUCAGGACCAAUCUACGACCAAACCUACGCUGGCGGGCGGCUGGGUCUGUUUGUCUUCUCUCAAGAAAUGGUCUAUUUCUCGGACCUGAAAUAUGAAUGCAGAGAUGUCUAAGCAAGACUUGCUGUGCUUCCAGGGACGUACUGUAGACGCUGUUACCUAGACCCCACCGUGUGCUGGUGCUUCCAGCUUCUCUGUCUUUAGCAGCAGCUCCUGUCCUUGACCUUGACGUUGAGGGUCAUUCACCAUCAUCGACCCCGAGCCCAAGUGCCUUCAGAGGAUCAGUGUCAGUGGACAUCCAGCCCACUACAAGAAGGCAGCUUGAUGAUGCACAAGACUUUCUGUGCAGUGACAACUGAGCAUGGCAUUACAUCGUUUUUUAUCUUGUUUGUUUAAAAAGAAUGAAUGACGUUUACAUAAAAUGUAAUUACUUAUUGUAUUUAUGUGUAUAUGGAGUUGAAGGGAAUAUUGUGCGCAAGCCAUUAUCAUAAAUUAAGCAGGAAAAAUAUUGCUCCGCGACUUUCAGUGCUUGAAGCCAUUUCCGUUCCUGGGUUAGAGCUGUUCUGCGCUAGCAGGGGUCCCGUUCUGUCGACCCCAGAGACGGGACCGCUGGAGUAUGAAGUGCCCUGGGGGCAGAGAGGGCAGGAGACCAGUCACACGUGUGGGGAGCCAGCCCUCUAAUCGGCUCAUUAGCAAUAAUGACGAGAACAAAUGGAAGCCCCUUCCCCCACGCCCC